AACCGACCAGCCGAGGCAACCACGAAUGUUUAUUCAUCCUUCGUUGUUUGGUUUCGCUACUUGAUCACCGAAUGAAGCCUCUUAACAAAACGACUCUCCUAUCAUCGAUUUUUAGAAACAGAGACAGGCAUAUUCUAUGACCAAACGACUCUCCUACGGUGUCCUACGACUCCUACCCAGGCUACCCUAUGUUCUUGUCUUACUGUGAACUAUAUCCAACUAUUCAUCUAUCCACCUCUAUAGGACCGACAAGAAGCAGAGGUCCAUCAUCAUCAUCAUGAAGCUCCCAUCAUCUCUUACCUCUCCACCACCUGAAGUUCCCGAUGUUCUCCUCUCAUUUCCUAUUCCGCACGUAAUGGUGAUUACCCUCAACCGGCCAACCAAGCUCAACGCGGUACCGCGGGGUCAACAUGCCGCCCUUCUGGCCUUGUACGACUGGUACGACGCCCAAUCGCAUCUCAGAGCCGCGAUUCUCACGGGUUCAGGCCGCGCCUUUUGUGCCGGCGCCGACCUCAAGGAAUGGCACACCAACAAUGACCCCUCAUCUGCGUCUGCGUCUGCUUCUGCUUCUGCUUCUGCUUCUGCCUCUGCAUCAUCAUCACCAUCAUCAUCAACCCCGUCGCCAUCCGCACCAGCACCACCACCCGAGAAAUGGCCCGCAACAGGCGGCUUCGGAGGCCUCUCCAACCGCCGCGGCAAGAAACCCAUCAUCGCCGCCGUCAACGGCCUCUGCCUCGGCGGCGGCUUCGAGAUGGUCGCCAACGCCGACCUCGUCUACGCCCUCUCCACCGCCACCUUCGGCCUGCCCGAGGUGACCCGCGGCGUCGUGGCCAUCGCCGGCGCCCUGCCCCGCCUCGUCCGCAUCCUUGGCCGCCAGCGCGCCACCGAGAUGGCCCUGCUGGGCGACAUCGACUACACGGCCGAGCAGAUGCGGACGUGGGGCCUCGUCAACGGCGUCGUCGAGGGCUCCGACCCCCGCAAGCUGAUGGACGCCGUGCUGGCUGUCGCGGCGAAGCUGGCCUCCAACGCGCCUGACGCCGUCGUCGUCUCUCGCGAGGGCCUGCUGAGCGGUCUGGAACCCGAAGACCCGCAGGCGGCUACUGUUCGUGUCGAGGCCGGUAUCUACAGCGAAAUGGAGGGAGGGGAGAACAUGAUGGAAGGUGUGCGGAGUUUUGUGGAACGGCGCAAACCUGUUUGGAAGGACAGCAAGCUCUAGAUCAUUACGGACGGGUCUUCUGUGGAUGCGUGUGGGCUACGAUGUUCUAGGUAGGUUGAAGACGUAUAAAGAAAUAAUUCAAUGGCCUGGC